UAUGAAGAGGUUAUGAGUGCGGCUGAUACGGCAUUGUCAGUUUUGGUCAAAAUGGCCCCAGGGCCAGAGAAUAGACAGGAGCCUGUGGCACCUGACAAGGGCCAGAAUGAUGAGACAAGUGGUGGUGAUGGUGGAAAUACUGAGGGGAGUGAUGAUAUGGGGAUUAGUGUCACUGUUGUGGGUGGUGAGGGGGUUAUCGGUGGCGGUAAUAGUACCAAUGAGGGGGGUGCGGCGGGAGAGAAACAGGAGGAACCAGGCACCUUUUCGACAUUGAACGAGAGAGAACUGCGAGCCCUGCUUGAAGAAGCGUUUACCUACAGAGGUUCCACCAGGGAUCGUGAGGGAAAGUCGAACCUUUUCAAAGAACUUCUUCAGGAGGCUGAAGUUGAUGAGACUGAAGAGGGACGUCGUGUGGUAACGAGCGCUAGAUGCAUACCAGGGUCAAAUAGGCGUCGCCAUAAGCGUGAUUCCGUUUCUGAAAGGCUGACUCACGGCGGUUCACUGCAAAAUUUGGCGCAACCGAUUAGUUUUGAAUUUGACAGUAGCUUUGCCUACCUCACGUCUGGCUCCAGUCACACAUAUGGUGGUGGUAGGAGAAAAGGAAAGAAACACACGGGACCUAGUGUAUCAGCGAGACAGAGGGAGGGUGGUUCAUUACCAUCUAAUGUAAAUGCAACACAUAGUCUUGCACCCCUUGCUAAUCUCGAUUUACUCUUCGAUAAAAAGAAGGGUUUUUAUGAAGAGAGAGCAUCUUACGACUGGACAAACAAGGAGAAAUCAAAAUCCCUGGACAAGCCAACCUACUGUUGUACCACCAAAAAAGAGGACAAGGAUAAAGAUAAAAAAGACAUUAAACGUGAUACAACUGUUGCCGCUACAGUGGUCAGUGAUACUGAACCUGAUAAAAAGUGUUUAAAAGUGAAACAAACGACAAAUGAAAUGCUUGAGUCGGACAAUCCACCACCAGACUAUAAACCUGAUCACAUGGUGAUUGAUGUCAGGGUGAAUGGAUUGACCUUCAGAAAUGUGGUGACUUCGGAUGUAUCGAGUGGUGGUACACAACAACCCCACUCAGCCCUGGAUAUUACCGAUGAUGAGGGAACUGAGAUGAAGAUAAUUCAUUUUGAGACAACUCAAACCCCUGUUGACUCCAGCGUUGACUACUCACUUCGCGAACAGAGUGAUAAACAUGAUAAACCAAAGAUAUCAUUUAAUGGAACACUUGAGUUACAAUCAUACAACAAUGUCAAGUGUGUUGUCAAUGGUACAAUGUCAGGUGGAUCUCAGGGAAAAGUUAGCUCGAGUAUUGUACCAAUAAUGCAUUUGCCUACAAUGGCUGUUUCGAGAGCACCAAUGCAGAAUAUAGGGAUCAUAAAUAAAGAUGGGACAUUAAUUGAUAAAAAAUCACUGGAUGAAAAUGGUAAUGCUGUACAGGGGCAUAAUGGUGAACGCAAGAAGACGCGUAGAAAGCACACACAGGAGCCAAAUGUCAUUGUGUACAAGGCUGAAAAUGUUGAGGGCCAUCAGGGAAAUGAGGACAUUGACAGUCUUAUUAAUUUCAUUGAGAAUAAAGAGUCUAAAGGGAAAAAGGGCAAGACCAGUGGGGGAAGCACUGUUAAGGUGAAAACAUCGACGGGGGCAAAGCCUCGCAGUAGGGAAAAGGAUUCCAAGCGUGAACAGCUGCCAUCGAAGCUCCAAAAGGCAAAUUCUCUCGAGGAAAUAUCAAAGACUAAAUUGGAGGAUCUAACGGCUGAGAAGAGCAGUUCCAGUGGAUCCAGCAGUAUUUCAAGUCAACAUGGAUCUGUUAGUGGGCCACUCAGACGUGCUAAGCAACGCAGUACUGGGGAUACUGUGGCUGAUUGUCGGGGGGAUCGACGAUCCUGGGGUACUGAAGAGGGACAAUCGAUAUACUGCAAUGAUAUUGGAGAUGACUAUACAAAUUCAACACGGAGAAAUUCAAAUAGAAAAAUUACUACUGAAAUUGAACAGGAGCCUGAAUUUUUGGUUGUUACGAAAAAGAAGAAGAGUAAAAAACAGAGGAGAAGCUCGAGUGGGGGGAGGGCACAGAAUUUGGCAAGUUCGGCGUCAUAUUUGCCGCGACCGAUGGGCUUCACUAAUGAGUAUAGAACUCCACUGUCACCAGAAUUGAGGAGAAAGAGUGCCAGCAGCAUGCCACCGAGCGAUAAAUCAGAUAGCAGUGAUCUCGACUCAGUUCAUUCACUCCCAGUAACAUCAAACACAAGACACAAUAUGAAUAAAAAUCCACCAUCAUCAGGCACACCACAAGCCAGUUACGCGGACAUUGCUCGCAUGGCAACAAUCAAUAUGUCACCGAGUUCCGUCCUCAAUAUCUCAACAAUGGUACCAAACAUGUUGAAUACUGGAAUGUGGCCAGCAGUACCUGGUAAAUCACCAUCAGAACCUGACAAAUUCCCCCAGGACUACUAUCCAAGUCUUGAUGAGCUUCAACAUUCUGAUCGCAAAUUACGCCAGCAAAACUUUGCUAAUUCAAAUCACAUCCAGGGAUUUAGUUUGAGUUUUGAUAAGCCACCGUCGCCAACAAGUAGCAAGGCAAAAACUACAUCGGAAUGUAAGAAGGCUGAGGCAAGGGAGGAGGCCAUUAAUAAAAAAAUCCAGGUGAUAAAGUAUGUACAAGAACAAAAGAACUUGACUGCUAACACCAAUCAUAGUAUUCAUCAUAGUGAGAUGACAGUCACCCCUAAACUCAAGAAUGCCGGAAAUAACAAUUCACUGGAAGAAACAGCAGAGACGACGAUGCCCAAGGAUUCCAAUGCAAAUAUCAGAAUUACAAAUUAUCAAAGACCAAGUAAAAGGAGUUACCAGCAAACACCACCAGUUCCCCAGACUCCUGUAGUACAAAUGGACAAUGUACAUUUCAAGAAAACUCCUCAUGAUUAUGAUUUCAAAAAAACUUUAACCUCUCAACUAGAGGAUUCACGAAAGAACAAUUCAGUGAUUUUUGACCAUUAUCAGGAAACAAAAAUUAAACAGCAGAAUCCAAAGUCUUUUACAUAUAGUCCAAGUGAGCCGGAGUCACAGAAAUCCAUGAUAAAGACUGAGAGAAUGGCAAAAUGUUCACCUAAGGAAUCUCAGGCUGUGGCUACGGCUCAAAAAACAACAGAAUCUUCAAAAAUCACUAAUAAUCCUAGCCAGAUUUCUAAGGAGGAAGACAGUGAUGUCAGGAAGUCCAUUAAAAUUGUAAACAAAGAGAAAGAUAAUAAAAUUGAAGUGUUUUCGAUGAGGAAAACAUCAAGACCCGCUGUUAUUCUCAUGGAUGAAACAUCGUCAGAUCAGUCUAGGAAUAAUGAUUCACCAAGUGAAUUAACUUUUGGCUUUGAAGUUAACGAAUUACUCCUUCAACCUAAUGAGAGUGAGGAGAAAAUGGAAACAGGUCAAAUUUUUGUGCCAGAACCAUCCCCCCAGAUAUUCGACAAACCACCCCCAAAUUUCGAUAGACCACCUCCAAUAUUUGAUAAGCACAUGAGGUAUGAAAAAUUUCCACCCAAUUUUCAUGUACCACCGCCCCAUCCACAUCCAACUAUGAUCGUCCCAGCACUGCCGUAUAUUGGUUACUCACAGAGCUUUAACCCUCCUGCUAAUAAUUAUAUAUCUGGACCACCACCUGUUACCAUCAUUGAAAAGUAUCAUCAGUCCAAAGAAGAUUUCUCAAUGCGAUAUGUGGCGCCGGAAGAAGCUGUUAAUGUGCAAAAUUAUAAUCAUGAUAAGAUUGUUAAUUUUGUUGGGCAUGCAUGGGACGCAGUAAUGCGUGAAAUGCCGGUGACGGCAGCAACUGGGCGAGUCCAAUACUACAGUGGCCAGUGAGAUAAAUUCAUUAAAAAAAAUUAAUAACUGCUUUAAAUAUUAAAUUUAAAAAAUCGGUAACUUUCAUGACUCUGUAAGCUGCGGCAGAUCUUAAAAAUUCAUAAAGUACAUUAUAAACAUGAUGAUUGGAAACUAAAAAAAUAAUACAGGACUGAAAAAUAUGUGUGAUCAUAGUGGUGGGUCUGAUGUAAAUUGAGAUAGAAGUGAUAUUUAACAGUGCUUUAUAAGUUUCCUCUUUAUUUCAUGUUUUAUUUUAUAUUUAUCCCUCUGUGAACUCAGUGACAAAUGAACGUCUGAGUUCAUUAGACUGUAUAUAAAUUGUAAGAUUGCGUCGUGAGGGUACGUGAUCAUUGAAAUGUGAAGAAAAAAAUGAAAAAAAAAAAAAACAAACAAACAAAACAAAAAAAACAAAAAACAAACUUAAACGUUGAAGUUACUGCAGUUGGUUUUUAAUGCCAUAGAGUCAUAUUGCAGUGGUGGUGGAGGAAAAAAAAUUGAUAGAAAUUUGACCUCAACAACGAACUUUAAAGAUUAAACAAGAAAUAAUGUAUAUAAUGCGAGAUCUGGUAUAGUAUUUUCAGUAGCAAACGAAGUUAAAAAGUGACUUUUUACCCUCCUUGCCCGUUAAAAAAAUCUUCAAACGCCAGGAGAAGCGUUUUGGAGUGAUAAGACACUGGUUAGUCUACAUAAUUAUUUGAGAGAAUAAUUUAUGAACACUGUGAGCGUAUUUAAUUAAAAUGAAAACUUAAUAUUAUACACAGUUGAUGUGUUAAUAAGUGGAUUAUCAUCGACCUUGGGUGAAUCAUCAAGACAUGAAUAUCAUUGAGUUGUCACUCGGUGGUGAUACGAGGCCAUAGGAAAGCUUUUACUUGCCCCAUUGCGAUUUAUCCAUGAUAAACGGAGUAAAUAAAGAUCAAAGUGCAUCACUCUAGUGGAUUAGCAGUGUCAGGUGAACGAUGGAAUGAGUAUAACAGACAUUGAUAACAUCCCUGUGUAUAAAUUAUCAUAAUUGUGUGAUUAAUUGUAUAUUUCGAUGAUGCUUCUUCCAGCUGUGGUGAAUGAUUUUUCAAAUCAUGGGGAGAAAUAAUAGCGAGAAAUCCUAAAACCUUUUCAUUCGAGGAGAGAAAGAAUUGAUCAUUGAUUAAUGCAAAAUCAGGACUGAGAUUUUGUCUGAAAUCCUUUUUUUCCCUUCUCAAAUAUUGGGAACAGUGAAUGGAAAAAUUAAUGGAGAGUAAAAUUGUUAUGAGUACGGAGGCAGUCAUAAUGUUAGUUGAGAUUGUGGCGAUUAGAGAGAUGCUAUGAAAUCAUAAUAAACGGACUCGCUUAUUUAAUUAAUAUUGAAUAAAACUAAUAUUAUUGGAUAAUUAAGUGAUAAGGGAGAAAUAAUUGAUAAUUAUUAUAGAAUGCUUGUGGUCCUGUGAGCUAUGCUGGACUGUGGACACGAGGGCAGCAGUCUGGGGACAUUUGUGAAUCCUCGCAGGUGGUGUAGAACAAUGUAUUGGGCUCCGUGGUUACUGCUUGAAUAGUACGGGGGAGGGAGCGAUGUGAGAGUGUAUAAUGCCACUUCACUCCAGUGAGAAGAAAAUUAAUUUUUAUAAGUUUAUGUUUUUUUUUUCCCAGAAGAAAAUAUUUAUGCCAAGCUAGCGAUAUCCAUAUACGCGUCGUAUGGACCCCGUGCUUGAGGAUUUCUCAUAGUUUCAUAUUGAAAAAUGAUAUCAUUAUGAAAUAAGCAUGAUCGGCCUUAAAUGAAGAACUCCAUCAUCAUUCUUGAAUAUCUCUUCAACUUCAACUAAAGCUUUUUCAUCUGUAUAGAAACAUGAAACUUCUUUAUCACAUACAAUGAUGAGAUAUGACAAUUGUAUGAACAAUUGUAGGUGCUCGUCCUUUCGUUUGAGAAAUGAUAAAUAAUAGAGAAGCUAUGCAUUAUUUUUAACGAAUCGCAUUUUUACGUCAUUAGAUGAGUAUUUCCAAGAUAAUGAUGAUCCUGCAUGUAAAAUUCAUAAGUAAUGAGUAUUGAAUGAGGAAUUCAAUUCAAGAUUUCAUUACCGCACAAUUGUGAUUAAUGAUGGGAUGUAAUUCAUGAUUUUGCUAGGGCUGAUUCUCUUAAAAAUAUGUAUCUUCAAAAACUAUCUUCUCUUGUCGUCAACUUUUCAGAGACAAUGUUUUUUUUCUCGUUCUAGACAUGGGGAAUGGUUUUCGAGAAGGCAUUUCAGUGAUCGAAGUUAUUGGAAAAUUUUGAUUUUGGGGGAAUCUUUUGAGUGAAUUUGUGCACUAAUCGUUUUUCUUCAAAAUCAGAAAAUAUGAGUUUGGAUUUGGAGCUGAAAUUCUUCAAAUCGGAAUUAAUUAUCCUCUCUAUGGAAUUUUGGCAAAUGAAAUUUCUACUCUAUCUAUCAUUCAUUCAUUCAUUGAAAUUUAUUGACACUUAAAUCAAUUUUUGUUCAGCAUUUCUCAGUACUGAUCUUUCUGAAUGGAUCUUUUGUUUCGGUGACUGUGAAAGAGUGAGUCCUUGAAGUAGUUUAUUAUUAAAAUGUUGAGGAUGAUUGUGUAGCAAGUCAACAUAACUAAUUAAAAAAUUAAGUGAUUGAGGAUAAAAGUGAGAAGACCCGCUGGUUGGGUCUGAACUGCGUUUUAGAGUUAUUGCAAGUGUGCCUAUCGUCCCCAAUACAGAUUUAUUCAAUGCACUGCAUUAUGAAAUUCAUUUUUAUAAGACUCGACGUAGCUUCGCAAAUUCAUUUAAUUAAAUAGGAGAAGGGAGGAUGGCAAUUAUAGAUGUGAAUUUGUCUUCCUCGAGUAAUUUUUUUCCUCUUUUUUCAUAAUCACUUUCGAACAGUAACCAUGUGAACGAUAAUAUAUUGUCAAAGGAAAUAAAUAUUGUACCGAAAAAAAUGGAAAGAAAAUAAAAAUUACAGAUUAAAAAUGACAAAAUCCAUAAAGUAAAUAAAAUAAAUAACGGAGUUUAGAGCGACGAGCAUAAAUAUUACCCUGAACACAGAAAAAGCAAAUAAAAAAAAGUAAGAAAAAAUUAAAACACAAAAAAAAACAAAUAAAAAACCAUAAAAUUAAAUAAAUAAAUGUGCGUUGAAUCCUGGGUAAGUUUUUUUUCUUUGUUGGUGAAUGAAAAAAUAAAAAAUAGACAAAAACGAAAUGAAAUUUAUGAUAAUUCGAUGCGUGAGAGAUUGUGUGAUUAUUUGUCCAUUUAGUAUUAAUGAAUUAUUAAUCUUUAUUAAAUAAAAAUUUGGUUUGCAAGUGAGAUGUAUGGAGGCAAAGGAAAAUUGAAAGUUGAGAGAUUUGUUGGUUUACUUAUAUUUGUUUUUCUCUUCUUUCCUUUCAAUUUCUUUUUCUCGUGUAUGAAAUAAAAAAUAUUGAGUGAAAAUGAUGUAAUUGAACGAUCUAGGCAUUUCAAAAUCAUUCAACAAAGGAUUUUAUGGAACCAAAUGUUGAAACUUGAAGAUGACAUCAUACGUUUUAGCCCCCUCCCCCGUUAACUUUACUGGAAACUGUACCGCCUCGCCCCAGAAUCCUUUUUUAUUUAAAUAUAUUUGUUGUUUUUUUUUCAAUUAUUAUUAUUAUUAUUAUUAUUAUUUGGUUCAAUGAUCAUUAUUAUUCUACAUUCUCCUGAAGCAAUUUAUAAACAACUUACGGACGUGACCGUUUAUAACAACGGCAAUGAACAUUGGUAAGCAUACGAGCGAGAGCGACAAAAGUGGUAUUUCAAUUCACACGCUUUAAAUCUAUGUAAACCUAAAUUCUACAAUGAAUGAUUAAAGGAACACUAUGAAAUGUAAAAAUCAGGAAGAGAAAGAGAAAUUGAUUGACCUCGACGAAAAAAUAAACAAACCGAAUAUAGAAGUUUAUUUUUGUUUGACAAGUGAAUCGAUAAAUUGUGUGAAUCAAUUUAUUUAAAAAUAGGACGAACAAGCAAUACAAUUUUUCUACUAAAAAUAAUUCUUCAUUUUUACACACAACUCUUCCUCUUAAUUAAUGAAUGAUCCUGGAGGUAAUAAAUAUAAUAUGAAUAAUAUGUUAUAAAAAAUUCAUCCGAUUCGGCAGGACAUAAUAAUCAAGAGUUUAAAGAGGAAAACAUAAAUAAUAAAAUAGGUGGUUGAGGCGAACAGUGAAAUAACAUUUUCAUCAUUUCUUUUAAUCACAUAAGAAUCCCAUUCCUGAUUUCUGAUUAGACAAUUGUAAAUUACUCCUCUGCGUAAUGUUGCUGUACUGUACAUACAGAUUGACCGAGAAAAACCACUAAAUCUUAAUCCAAAAAAAAUUCUCAGAAUAAUGAAAACGAUUAAAACUAACUUUCUCGACUAAACUUAAUUAGACGACAAGGAAAAAUGAAUCCUUGUGUUAUGGGGAUAAUUGUAACCAGUGUGUACAAAGAAUGUGUCCGAGUCUAUGAUAAUAGAGAGAAAAAAAAUGGAAAAGAAAGAGUGAGAGAGUGAGUGAAGAGCGCGAGCGAACGAGUGUUGUUGCCAAAGUUUUCAUUUUUUGUUUUAAUUUUAAAAGGGAUUAGUAUUCUCAUUGGGACGGGCGGAAUCAAUACCACAAUUCAUUGUCCAAGAAUCCUCGACCCUUUUUCUCCUCUCCCAAAAACUUUACAUAUUGUUUUAAAAACUGAACGCAAAUUGAACAAUGGCCCCUCGUACUGCAUUCUUCCUGAGUAUUUAUUGAUCCUGAGUAAUGGAUGGACCUCAGAGCGAUCCAUAAUUAUUACCACGAGUACUUUCAAUCAAAAUGAACACAUAAAUAACGAAAGAAAAAUUUCUAAAUCAAAUUUGUACAGAGAGAAAAUAAAUAAAUGAAUGAAGGAAAAAA